CGCCGUUUCAAAAUGCUGCUGAGGCCUUAGGGCCUGUGACUGACGCCCCCUCCCCCCCGGGCUCUGCGGGGGAGCGACUAAUGGAGAGGCCGUAAGAUUUAUCAGCAGACUUCACUUCACCACUGCCAAAAUGACAACAUUUUCCACCUCUGCCCAUUGUUCAACAUCUGACAGUGCUUGCAGGAUCUCUCCAGAACAAACCAAUCAGGUACGACCAAAACUGCCACUUCUGAAGAUUUUGCAGGCAGCAGGUGCACAGGGUGAAAUGUUCACUGUUAAAGAGGUCAUGCACUACCUAGGCCAGUAUAUAAUGGUGAAGCAGCUUUAUGAUCAGCAGGAGCAGCAUAUGGUAUAUUGUGGUGGAGAUCUUUUGGGAGAGCUACUAGGUCGUCAGAGCUUCUCUGUGAAAGAUCCAAGCCCUCUCUAUGAUAUGCUAAGAAAGAAUCUUGUCACUUUAGCUACUGCUACUACAGAUGCUGCUCAGACUCUCGCUCUCGCACAGGAUCACAGUAUGGAUAUUCCAAGUCAAGACCAACUGAAGCAAAGUGUAGAGGAAGGUUCCAAUUCCAGGAAAAGAACUGAAGAAGGCAAUAUUCCCGCACUGCCUACCUCACAGCAUAAAUGCAGAAAUUCUAGAGAAGAUGAAGACUUGGUAGCAAAUUUAACCCAAGACGAGACAUCAAGACUGGACCUCGGGUUUGAGGAGUGGGAUGUAGCUGGCUUGCCUUGGUGGUUUUUAGGAAACUUGAGAAAUAACUAUACACCUAGAAGUAAUGGCUCAACUGACUUACAGACAAAUCAGGAUAUAGGUACUGCCAUUGUUUCAGACACCACAGAUGACCUGUGGUUUUUGAAUGAGUCAGUAUCAGAGCAGUUUGGUGUUGGAAUAAAAGUUGAAGCUACUGAUCCUGAACAAACAAGUGAAGAAGUAGGGAAGGUGAGAGACAAAAAGGUGAUUGAAGUGGGAAAAAAUGAUGACUUUGAGGACUCUAAGUCCAUAAGUGAUGAUACUGAUAUAGAAGUUACCUCUGAGGAUGAGUGGCAGUGUACUGAGUGCAAGAAAUUUAACUCUCCAAGCAAGAGGUACUGUUUUCGUUGCUGGGCCUUGAGGAAGGAUUGGUAUUCAGAUUGUUCUAAGUUAACCCAUUCUCUCUCCACGUCUGAUAUCACUGCCAUACCUGAGAAGCAAGAAAAUGAAGGAAUUGAUGUUCCUGACUGCAGAAGAACCAUAUCAGCUCCAGUUGUUAGACCUAAAGAUAUAUUUGUAAAGGAAGAAAACUCCAAACUUUUUGGUCCCUGCAACUCAGUGGAAUUCUUGGAUUUGGCUCACAGUUCUGAAAGCCAAGAGACCAUAUCAAGCAUGGGAGAACAAUCAGAUAACCUUUAUGAGCAGAGAACAGGUACAGAAAACAUGGAGGAUUGCCAGAAUCUCUUGAAGCCAUGUAGUCUAUGUGAGAAAAGACCACGAGACGGGAACAUAAUUCAUGGGAGGACAGGCCAUCUUGUCACUUGUUUUCAUUGUGCCAGAAGAUUAAAGAAGGCUGGAGCUUCAUGUCCUAUUUGCAAGAAGGAGAUUCAGUUGGUUAUUAAGGUUUUUAUAGCAUAGCUGAAUCAGUGAAUUGCAGACAAAUAUUAACAGGGCCUGGUCAUGUAUCAAAAUGUCAGUAUUGAGCAUCUCUACUCAGUGUGACCCAUUUCAUACUUUCAUUUAUUCAUGGAAACAUUUGUACUCUAGGACAUAUUUUUGCUUCUAAACUUAUAUGGAAUUUGAUAAUAAGUUCCUUCGAACUAGAUUAUCAAUUUGGAGACACCAUUAACAUUAAAAGAGAAGUUAAUCACUUCAUUCUGUCUUCAAAGAUGAGGAUCUGGCACUUCCCUGGUGGUCCAGUGGUUAAGACUCCACGCUCCCAAUGCAGGGGGCCUGGUUUGAUCCCUGGUGGGAGAACUAGAUCCUGCAUGCCACAGCGAAGAUUCCCACCUGGUGCAUCCAAAAAUAUAAGUAAAUAUUUUAAAAAAGAAAAAAAGAUAUCAAAAAAAGAAAGUUAUUUAAAAAAAAAAAAAUGAGGAUCUGGGAGGGAGCAACUACCAGUACAAAUAGAAAUACAUUCAUUCUUUCAUUUAUCAAAUUACUUGAAGAUUAAUCAUUUCUUUAGUUAAUUUUAUUCCUUACUCUUCUUUUCCGUUAGGGAAUGUUCUUAGGCCUCAAAAUCCAAGAUGGCUAUUAGAAAAAUAUUAAAGCUAACAAUGAAAAAACAUAAGUAAUUUAUGUAUAAAGCAGAUCACUUUAUGUUGCAUUGUUCACAGGAACCAGUAUUUUUGUAAAGUGCCUAGAACAGUGGUAGCAAACAUUUUUGCUAAUGUACCUCAAAAAGAAUUUUGAAAAAGUACAUAUGACUUUUUGCAUACUUUAAAAAUUGAGGUAUAAUUAGCAAAGUGUUCCCUUCUAAUAGGACAUUUCUGUCACCUCAGAAUAUUCUCUUGUGCCACUUUCCAGGCAGUUGCUCCACUAUUUCAUGGCUCUCACCUUUGAUUAGUUUUCCUUUUGCACAUGUUUAAUUUGACUUCUAAAUUUUUAAAAUAAAUUUAAGUACUUACAGAGGAUGUAUCAUCCAGUAUAUUGUAGAUGUCCUUUAAAGAUAUUUUUGCCCAAACCUUGGAGCUGUAGAUUUAGCUGAUUGAAUUUAUAGAAAAAGUCAGGUCAUAUAAACUGACAAAGCCUAUCCUCAUUAUAAAACUAAUCAGCCAAAUCAGAUUUCAUUUUCAGUCAAAGUUUUUGACUUUAUUUUUAAUUCAGUUAAAUGUAUUAUAUACAUCUAUGGCACAACCUCUUCUCAACGACAGUUCUAAAAAAGAUAAGGCACACAGUUUUUAACCAAAGCUCUCUUUGCUUUACUCUUUCCUCCUGUCUCUUGGGAGUCCGCUAGGGGUUUUUUGUCUUUGUUUGAUGCCUCUGAGGUUUUUUUACAUUCUGAGGCAAUGCCCCAUAGUAAGAUUUUAGAUGGGUGAGAGGCAGCCUUUCUUCUGAAAAUAGUAUAGCAGUUGUGAAAAGGAAAGUAAUUAAAGAGAAAUGAUAGCUCUGAAGAGGCCUUAUCUGAUCACGUAAAUCUUAGGAUAAUACAUGUGGAAAUUGAAGAUCUUUAAGUUGUUUUCUUUACAGAUAUUCUUGUCUGCUUUCCCUGUGGAAAAAAUCUUGGUAUAUGCCUGGGUACCGGUAUGAAUGUAGUCAUUUUGAAAACCAAGGCCCUAGAAUUAUCAAUGUUAAGGCUCAUAAGAAUCACCUGUGUUGCUUGUUAUACGCCCAUCUCAACCCCCAGCCCCAAACACACACACGUGCAUACACUCACAGGAGUGCGCGCGCACACACAGACUCUUUGAUCCCUGAGGUCUGGGCCAGGGAUUUCCAUUUGAACAAGUGUUUCUGAGAAGCUGGUGCAAGUUCACAAACGACACUUUUGGAAGCCCUGCCGUGCCCUAGAAGGAAGGGUGUUUUCAGGUACAAGAAGUAGAACAAGAUCCCUUUGUUUAGCACUGUAUUUAAUUUCUAGAGAAGUUUUGUUAAACUCAUAGAACUUUAAAGUCAGAAUGUACUCAUCUACUCAACCCCUUUUAUUUUGCACAUGAGGCUGAAAGGAUAAAUGAUUGCUGAAAGUCACAGCUAGUGAUAGAGCUAUUACUAGAAUCUGUCUCUUGUAGUAAACCUUUAAACCAUACUUGCUUCCUUCUAAUUAUUUGUUAAAUGGUGGUGCUUAUUGAAUUUGGAACAACUAAUAACCUUAAAAUAUUGUUGGAGAAUAUGAGUUGCAGCCAAAAUAGGACUUCAGAGAGAACAGAGACUUUAACCCUUUCUCCCCAAAGAGAAAAGGCACAGUAAAUGUCAAGCUCUCUUAUAUAAUCAGAUAAGUUACUCCUCCCAUUGAGAAGACAAGUAAAGAUGGCAGAGGAACCUGAACUCUUUUCUCCAGGAUUUUUUCUUCUUGGGGAAUGAAACUCAGGUCUCUGGCUCUCUCCAGGCAUUAGGGACAAGGGUUUUUUCACCCCAGUAAGUAGAACCAGUUCUUCAAGUUCAGUGUUUUGUUAGACUGUUCAGUGUUUUGUUAGACUAUGGUAAAUGCUCUAAAUAUUUAGAAAGUUAAAUAAUUUUCUACCCUAAUUCCCCCCCGCCAUUACUCUCUUCAUAAUAGUUUGAUAGCCCUUGAUUUUGUUUUAUUUUUGCCAGUUAAUUGCUUUUGCAAGUGAUAACUCAAGGAGCAGGGAGAGCUGGGAUCUGCACUUGUACCCUCUGAUUCCUUGUAAAGUUGCAGUUUUUUAGAAAACUUAAGAAAAAAUUUUAAAUUUUUGUUUGUGUGUAGAUGUUUGAUGCUAAUUUGGUGCAUCCUUGCCUAGCACAGAAUCCUUUUAUGUUACUCUACUUACUUUCUUUUCCCCUUGGGUCACCUGGGUUUUUACUGUCCCCAUUAGCAGUAAGUACUUUACUUAGGAGAUCUUAAGCUGUGCAUUUGAGCUGAAAGUAUUACAAUAAAUGUACACUUGGGUUUACUGUACUUCUAUCAAGAGCCUUUUGAAUGACUGAAAUAUUAAAGAGAAAGAAGUGUAUCUGUAGAAAGAGGUAGGUAGUGUUUCUUGGUAGCUUAUCUGAAAUCUAAGAUGCUGCAUCUGCAGAUUGUUUUCCGUCAUCCAGCAUCUUUAUUAAAUGUCAUCUGGGAGCAUAGCACAGCAAGUAGAACUCCUUGCUUCUUGGGGUAGGAUGGGUCAGGGAUCCUAAAAAGGGCCAAGUAGGACUAUCAGAGCAAUUCUUUACCCGCAAGAAUCUUUAAGCCAUCUUUUUUUUUUUUUUUUUUUUUUUUGCAUUACUCGGGCCUCUCACUGUUGUGGCCUCUCCCGGUGCGGAGCACAGGCUCCGGAUGCGCAGGCUCAGCAGCCAUGGCUCACGGGCCUAGCCACUCCGCAGCAUGUGGGAUCUUCCCAGACCGGGGCACGAACCCGUGUCCCCCGCAUUGGCAGGCGGACUCUCAACCACUGCGCCACCAGGGAAGCCCUAAGCCAUCUUCUUGAUCUGUUUUUGAUUUUGUUCUUUUUUUCAAUGUCACUGCGGUACAGAUAAGCAAGACAUGGUUUGUAUUUGAAGACUUCAUAGUUUACUGCUAUGCAAUGAUGAAACCCUUGACUUCCAAACACUGCCAUUUAUUUUGUAGUUAGGGUGACUGUGUACUCUGGUUUUCUGGAGACAGUGCCAGUUUACCCCUAUUUUUCAGCAUCCUAUCCAGUUCAUCUCUGUUGCUCCCCUUUCAUUCACAAAUGUCUUCUUUUGGACAUGAAAUUAUUAUGGUCUUCCUAGUUAUAGGUAAGCCAUGCUUGGGUUGAAAUCUUAAUUGUGAGGAAAGGAUCUGUUAAAGUAGGUGUCAGUGGAGUUUAUUGUUUCUGCUGCAUCACGCCAUAGACUUGUGAUUAAUGAAAUCAUCCCACAUUAGCAUCAAAUUUCUUAUUUUAGUUAUAUAAAUUAAUAUUUAUGACACUGUUAUCCCAGACAAAAUGUUCAGUGCAGAAAUGACAAAUCCUUAGAAAAGCAGUGAAUUUCUAGAUUAUAGCUAAAAAUGUCUUCCAUCUCUUAUUGUUAGCUCAUUUUACUUGCACCGUAAUUAUAAUAUUUGGUAUGCUUUUGUAUUUAAUACUUAAAUCAGACUUUAUAAAAAUCGUAGAUCAAGGCUUUAAACUGAUAAGCAUUUCUUCACAGUCCAUCUAUGGAAUAUCAUAGGUUCCCAAUCCUAGGCUUGAACAGUGGUCAGUGUCCAGCCAGACCAGCUUCCAAACUGCCAUGAAGUUGUAUAAUAUAAGAUUGAAUCACUGCCAAGCAUUUGAAAUAUUCAGUUGUGUUUUAAUAAUAAUUUAUGUAUAUUUAGAUGUAUGUAAUGCUUUGUGGGACGUUAUUUUGUUUGUAAGAAUUUAUUUUUAAAGGUCAGGAUCAUGUGUAAACUUUUGUAAUGUCAGUUUGAUGCAAUGUUGGCUCCUUUGACAGUCGCUGAGAAAUUAGUAAAUGUUAAGAUCUCGCAUUCUACAAAGCUAUUGUAGUGUUACCUCUUGGUUUUCUUUAGAAAGGAGGAAACCUGUUAACCAGCUGUUUGAUUUUUUUCCUACAGAGAGUUAUAUGAACUUCUGAAAGUGUAUGAUUUUAGAUACUGUGAAUCUGUUGUUUUCCAUUUAGCCAGAUAUCUGCUUAAAUUAUUCAGGCCCGUGUCCUAAAGAAUUCAUUUUGACAGAUCUUCCAUUCAUGGGUGUACAUGUGUGCACACACUAUCAAGACUGUUAAAGCUUUUGCUAAAAAUGUCUGUGGACUGGCUGUGUUUACAAUCUGUACUUCAAAGAUAAAGGAACCUGCAAGCUCUCCCCUGUGCCAAAAGUAGCAUGUACAGUGUUUACAAAUGUCUGAAAUUUUGCACUGCCAUACGCUAUGCCGAGAUUACUUUGCUGGAAUUUUCCAGAUUUGUGAUUAACUGAGGAGGAAUAUAGAGGACCCUAAAGCUAAACUGGAAAUGAGGAUUAUCUGAGGUAGUGGUUCAGAUAGCUCCCCAGACCUAAUCUGAAGACAGUUUUUCAGAUGGCCUUGAGAUAUCCUUUUUGUUGAUAGAGCUUUCCUUGUUUGCCAUUGCUAUAUUCUUUCUUUAAGAGCCACAGAUCUCUUCUCUCCUAUGGGAGAAUGUCCUAUUAGCAUUUUGAGAUCUUUUAAUGCAAUGAACGUGCAAUCCCAAAUAAUUCUACUAUUGGUGAAUGUGGCAUUGUUAAAGAACUUAUUAUAAUAAACCUACACUUGGGUUUACUGUACUUCUUUCAAGAGCCUUUUCAAUGACUGAAAUGUUACAGAGAAAGAAGUGUAUCUGCAGAAAGAGGUAGUUAGUAUAUCUUGGUAGCUUAUCUGAAAUCCAAGAUGCUGCUUCUUCAGAUUGUUUUCCUUCAUUCAGGAUCUUUAUUAAAUGUCUUCUGGGAACAUGGCACAGCAAGUAGAACUCCUCAUUUCUUGGGGCAGGAUGGGUCAAGGAUCCUAAAAAGGGCCAAAUAGUGCUGUCAGAGCAACUCCUUUCUCGAAUAGUUGCUGUAAUUUGGCAAAUUGACAUUAUUAUAACAGUUUAUUAGAGCAUCUAAUUUCUUAUCCUAAGGCAUUUUUGUUUUUUGUGUUUUUUUUAAACAGUAAGUACUUUGAUGUCAGACAUUUCCCCUUCCUUCCUUCCAUCCUGUUGCUCUUUUUUCUUGGAGUUCAAAGUUAUUAUCUACUUCUGGAUAUUGCUUUUAUACCAAAGGCCUUCUGUAUUACCCCUUGGGUGGUUGUAACUACAGUAUCUUUAGAUAAGGUUCCUCUUUUCCAGCCAGUCCUGGGGAUUGUUUCUCUUGCAGAGUUAGGUGGUAAAUUCUAGCAAUAAGAAGGAAAGAUGUGACAUCAGAACUACCAACUAGUACAAAACAAUGGUAGUUGAGGAUUUGUGUGUAUGAUGGGGCAACAGGGGAUUUAGUUCCCCUAUUGUCUCAGCAUUUAGAAAUUGAGGUCAGCCUGUCCUCUUCCUACAGGAAGAUUAUUAUUAAUUUUUAACUCUUUUAUUUUGGAGUAUAAGUGAUUAACAAUGUGUUUCAGGUGUACAGCAAAGUGAUUCAGUUGUACAUGUAUCUGUUCUUUCUCAAAGUCUUUUCCCAUUUAGGUUGUUAUAUAAUACUGAGCAGAGUUCCCUGUGCUAUACAAUAGGUCUUUGUUGGUUAUCCAUUUUAUUUAUUUAUUUUUAAACUUUUUAUUUUAUAUUGGAGUAUAGCCAUUAACAAAGUUGUGAUAGUUUCAGGUGCACAGCAAAGUGACUCAGUCAUAGAUACACAUGUACCCAUUCUCCCUCAAAGUCCCCUCCCAUCCAGGCUGCCACAUGACAUUGAGCAGAGUUCCCUGUGCUAUACAGUAGGUCCAUGUUGGUUAUCCAUUUUAAAUAUAGCAAUGUGUACAUUUUGUUCGCUACAGUUUGCCUCAUUUUUUCCACUUCCUUUUUCAUAACGAAUCAAAAUGUCUCCUUUGGUUUUUUCUUUCCCCCUUUAGAAAGUUAUAGAACAUGUUUUAAAGGAGGAAUGAAAUGUUUCUGGCUUCCUCAGCACUUGGCAAGGCAGCCUCUUGAAUAGAACUCUCUCCUAGUCUAUAGCUAGGAGCUGUUAAGUGCCUCUUGGAUAGAGAUAAGGAGUAAGAUUAUUCCACCAUGGUGAGUCCCAGUCUUGACCUUCUUAAGCCUCAAUUUUUCUCAUCUGUAAAAUGAGUCCACAUACUACUCUUUCUACCUCAUAGUUUGUUGUGGGGAUUAAGUGUGGGAGCACAAUAGAACCUCUAAUUGCCUUGAAUAAGAUAUUAGAAGUUGUUACGCUUUUGGUAGACCAAGCUCUGGGGUAUAUAUUCAGAAUACCUCAUGUCCUGGAAGCUGAACACGAACUCCCCUUUGUGCCUGCCUAGCAGAGCCUAUAUUGCUUCCUUUUACCCAUGCCUCUAGCUCAGAUAUCCUUUGCUUGACAUGAGCUCUUGUCUAGAAGAGUUCUGCCUCUAGGUUCUGAGAGAAGUGAGUGUGUAGAUUUGGCUAGUAGCUACAACUGCCUUGCUAUGGUCUUGGUAUAAAAAGUUCUGUCUUACAUGCACUUGAGUAGAUGGCAUAAAAUGCAGUCAGUAUACAGAAAGCAUGCAAUUUUCCAAAUAACAUAUCUGAUUAGGUAGUCAUAAUUAAUAGGAGUAGCAAAUGUGGUUUCAUAAAAUGGGAAGAAAAAGGCAAUUUAAAAUAACUGAAUAGUGACCAGCCCACCAAAUGAGAAAAGGAGAUAUUUUCAUGAGUUCUUGCCUAAUCUUUAUAAGCACCACUAAGUUAAUAGCUCUGUAUCUUUUUGGUGUUUGCACUAUAUAAUGCUUUUAAUAUCUGUUGAUUCUGU